CAGAAUCUGCAGAAGGAAUCCGUACGAAGCAAGGAGAAAGAAGAAGAAAGAGAGACUUUUUUUGGUGCUUUUCUGCUCUUCACUUUUGGCUUUCUUCGCAUAAACCCUAGAUUUCGACGAAUAUGGAAAGGGAAAGGAGACUGAGUAUCGCGUGUCGUAACCGUGGCUUUGGAAAUCAUCAGAAUCAUCAUCACUUUGAUGCUUCUUCUCAAGUGAAAGUGGAAAAUGAAGAGACGAGUUUGUCGCUGUCUCAAUGGCUUCAACCAUCUAAGUUUCCACUUAGCUACCUCUCGUUGCUCAACGAAGAAUCAACGCCUGAUGAAAAUCCUCCUCUCGACUACGUCGUGGAGAAAGUGGUUCUGCCGAGUCGUGAUCAAGCGUCUGGUUCACGAGCACUGUACUCAGCUUCAGAGAGCGAAGGAAUCUGUUCUGAAAAGAGUGGUGUUCUGAAAGUGAAACCUUCUACUCGUGUUCCAAGCCACACCAACAAUGAAACCUUUGGAAGUAGCAGUAAGGUCCCUGUGGGUGUAAGAUCCUCACGCCAGUCACGCAAGUCGGAGCAUCCAUCGUCCCAAAACUAUUCUGAGAAGCUGAGAAGUUGGAAAGGACGGAGUAACAACAACAACAACCGUGACUUUUCACAGCUCUAUAGCAGAUUCAAAGAUGUGCCCUCGAAAAAAUCCAACAAAACCAAAUCUUGGUCCACUGAAUGUGGGCGCAUGCGGCGGAUUGAGGAUAACAUCAAUGCAUUAGGAGAAUUGCUCCCACAUGAAGUUGAGGAUACUCCUGAAUCGAUACUCAAUGAUAUCAUCGCUCAUGUUAAGCUUCUGCAGCUACAGAUGAAGGAAUUAAGUCGAAGCAGGUUGGGAGGAGAUCCAAUUUCUCAUCCUAUGAUAUCCAUUGAGGGAUACGGUCACUUCAUUCAUCAGGAGCAGACAAAACCGCUGGAAGAGUUAAUGGCUGAUCUUCUUACAAAAGAUUAUGAUGCUGCAGCUAGCUUGUUGGAGAGCAAGGGCCUUUACAUGAUGCCUUUCUCAUCCAUCUAAGGCUUCUGUUGAGUUUGCCCAUAACUCUUUAGUUUUUUUCCUAAUCUGCAAUCAAAAAGAUAUGGUAUUAAAAAAAAAAGGCGUACGUUUUUGAAGAUAGAAGAAACCUUGAGAGAAAAAAAAGGAAAAGUAUAUUAUUGGUGUAAUAGCAAGUAG